GAAAAUAAUGUCUAUAACCGCGAGCAGAGCAGACAUGUAAUGGAUUCUGUUGAGGGGCACUCCCUCCUCUAUGUUGUGGUUUUGAUAUUGAAUUAGUAAAAUUUUCUUCAUUUUGUUGUUUAUCAGUUUUAUAAAUAACUUUCUAAUAAUGCACCUUACACUCUAGUCUAAUUUCGCCUAGCAUUUGUACCUUUUACUAAAAAUGUCUGCUAAAGGAGUGAUUUCUCGUGAACUUCACGAAAGUAUUCGUCACAUAUUAGGAAGAAAUGUGAAAAUAUCUUUAAAGUGCCCAGUUCGCUUGGAAACAAAACCAGAGAAAACAGAGAAUCGAGUUCUGGCAUUUUCUGCUUGUAGGUUAUUUAUACUUACAGCUAAAGUUCCAACAAAAAUUGAACACACAUUCCAUUAUUUAGACCUCCAGGCAAUAGAAAGUAAAAAAAAUAAUCAACUUUGUCUGACCGUUGAUAACAAAAUAUUUACAUUCUUUUCGUUUGACCCUGAGUCAGAAGAUGUUAAUCAUAUGAUUAGCCAAUUGGGAACUGCUGUCAAAAGCAUCUUUCCUCAAGUGCCUUUAGAGCAUGUAAUCAGGAAACUGGAUGUUCAUCCACCAACCCGAUUACAGGCAAUGUUGGAGUACAAUCAUGCGAUUGAAACUAAAGAUACUGGUCCUUGUGGAGGAUACUCUACUCAGUAUGCUUGUAUGUGUGAUUACCAUGGCCUACCAUAUAGAGAGGAAGUUGCUUGGGAUGUAGAUACAAUCUAUUUAUCACAUGAUAGCAAAGAAUUGUCACUUUUAGAUUUUGAUCAUCUAGAUGGGAGGGAUUUAAUGCCAAUUAUUUCAGCUCUGAUGUUCAACACAUGGUUUACAAAGUUCCGAGCCACUGGCGUUAAAUUGAUUUCAGAGGCACUAGAUGUGGUUUUACUUGUCUUGCGCAGAUCCGUUGCUCUUGAGGAAAUUUAUUUAGAUAAUACAGGCCUGAAAUGGGAUUUUGCAUAUAAGUUAUCGUUAGCUCUUAUUGCUAAUCCUCACACACCUCUCCAUACUAUAGAUUUAUCAAACAAUUUAAUUGAAGAUAAAGGAAUAAACAGUCUUUGCGGAAUUAUUGCCAAAAUUACGCAAGGUGCUGGUCAACUGGGAGGCACUGUAGGUCGUCUGCAGAAGGGCUUGAUCCAUCUGAAUUUAAGCAGAACAGGCCUCACAUCAAAAGGCAUCAACACCCUUGCUCAUGCUCUUUCAUUAAAUCGUGCCAUGCCUUCAACUCUUACAUUCCUUAAUCUCAGUGAUAAUCUCUUCAAAGAUGAUGUUAAUAAUUUGUAUAAUUUUCUGGCUCAACCAAAUGCUUUGACACAUUUGGAUUUAUCUGGAACUGAAUGUGCAUUAGAUACAGUAUUUGGUGCUUUACUCCGUGGUUGUACACAAAAAUUAGCAGUUUUAAUAUUGUCCAGGAAUCAGUUCUCUGCUAAGAAGUCAAAAGAAGUUAAUGUUCCUCCUUCAUUUAAAGCUUUUUUCUCAAGCACAGUAGCUCUUAAACAAUUAAAUAUGUCUGGAAAUAAAUUGCCUGUAGAAGCAUUAAAGGCUAUGCUGUUAGGACUAGCCUGCAAUGAAAUAGCCACAGAUAUUUCUCUUGAUCUUAGUAAUAAUGAGUUAAAAUCUCAUGGAGCACUUGUUCUUGAGUCAUGUUUACCUGGAAUAAGAUGCUUGUGCAGUUUAGACAUAAGUGAUAAUGGUUUUGAUGUAGAUUUAGCCAAUAUUGUUAAUGCUGUUGCCAAAAAUAAGUCCAUCAAACAUCUAUCCCUUGGUAGAAAUUUUAUGAACAUUAAACCUAAGUACAUGACACGUGUUAUGGAUUCAUUGGUACAAUUAAUUCAAGAAGAGGAUACAGUUCUUGAAUCAUUAUCGCUUGCUGAUUCAAAGCUGAGGGGUGACGCUUGUGUUGUGAUCAAUGCUCUUGGUAGCAAUCAGUGUCUAACAGCUAUUGAUAUAACUGGAAAUUAUAUGGGUGGCGCUGGUGCUAAAACACUUGCAAAAGCUUUGCAAAUAAACUCUAAACUAAGAUCUAUUCUUUGGGAUAAAAAUGCAACUCCACCUCAAGGAUUCCAUGAUGUAGCCUACGCUCUGGAAAAGAAUUUUACUCUGAGAUACAUGCCCUGCCCAAUAUUUGAUGCAACAGCAGCUAUGAAAAUUGCUCCAGAAAAAACUGAGUCAGCUUUAAAAAGGAUUGAAGAUUGCUUACAUCGUAAUGUUUCUCCCAAGAAAUAUAUAAAUGGUCGACAAUUCCGCCUUCAACAAGGAUUCUUACUAAGCUCAGCACAACAGAAUGUUGAUCGAUUAAUGGUACAUUUGCAAGAUUCUGUUAACAAUUUAAAGAGAGUUACACCUGAAGGGGCUACUAAUGAUGAAAUAGAAAGAGUUGAAGGUUUCUUGAGUGAUGCCAAUAAUGCAAAGCAGCUUUUAACUAGGUUGCAUGAGGUGGUAUUAUUGCAAGAAGAAUCUGGAAAUGCAAUUGAGAAAAGGCUACAAGAUUUUGUGAAAGAACUUUUGGAUACAAUCGAAAACCACCUGAUAAGUACAGCAUCUUGCAUGCUUAAGUGUGUGGAAGAUCAGUGCCCUAACAUCAUAGGUGACGAUGUUCGUCGAGAUUUAGAAAAAUUGUGUCAAGAUAGGGGAGUUAUUCCCAUCGACUUUGUGAGACAUUCUUUGCUUGAACAAACUGGUACAAGUAUUAUAAACAAAGUCAGUGAAGUAAACCUAUCUGUUGCUGCUCAUGUGUCGGACAGAAUACUAGAUGAAAUAAUAGAAACUUUAUCUCGAAGUCAUCGAGAAUUGCAUGAUCAAGUUAAUCAACAACGGUGCACAACUCCUGAUGUUUUGCGUGGUGGUAUAUGUGUUGAAAGUGGUCUUAGGAUAAGUCACAGUGGUGAUUCUCAAUUGGAUAGAGAUAGCUAUAGUGAAAAUUCAGAUUCACCUCUAGCAACACCCAAGCUUACUAACAAACGAAAAAGUGUGCAUGCCAGAAAGCUUAGACCUCAAUCAGUUGUUGAUAGUGUAGAAGGUAUAGCUGCUGAUGAUAUCCCUGAUCUUUUACCUAAAGAUGAAGAGAGUUUACCGAGUCUCUCCCCUAUGUCAGAAAAAUUGGAACAUCUGGGCAAAGCUCGUCCAAAACGUCCUAAGACAAGAGCACCCACACGACCUGCAAUUCAGGGUAAAGAAGUAAAAGAUGAACCUCAAGAUCUUGGAGAAGGUCUUGAAAAUUUUUUCCGUCAACAAAGAAAUUCUUUGUCAACUCCUACUCUCUCUCCGGAUUCAGAAGAUAUUCGAGAAAGGGCUGGUAGUAGUAGCACAUCUGUCAGUAUGCUGAGUGGUGAUAUAGCAUCAUCUGAUUAUGUUGUUAAAGUAGAUAAAUCACCUGACAAUGAAAAGAAAGAAAGAGGUUUUAUGAAAGGUAUCAGCAGUCUUUUUAGUCGUAUAUCUCCUGAUGUUAGCCAUAUUCAUAAAUCUCGGUCAUAUGACUUGACGGACAAAGGUAUAUCUUCCAGUCCAUCGCCUAGCCAUAGUAGUGGGAAAGAACCAAAUAAGAGUACUAUUAGUAUUGGUGAUAUUACUUUGCAUUCUUCAUCACCUCACCUAGGGGGUCGGAGCCAGCGAGAUAAAGAAAGCAAAGAAGAUUCAAAUGAGUCAUUAAUAAAGCCUAAAGGAGUUGAUCGUUUUGGUCCUGGAUCCUUACAUUGUUCUAAUCCAUUUUUGUUAGCGGAAAUGAAAUCUCGCCAAGAGAAAAGAACACCUUCUCAUCAUAGUUCUAUGACAGUUGAGGAAAAAGGCUUAUCUAGUACAUCAGAAGGUGCAUCUAUUCUAGCAAAUGUUAAACUUAAACCGACUGGAUUGAGCCAAACAUUAAUAUCUCCUACAGAUACACAGCAAAGUAACACUGAGGAUUCAGCAUCACAGUCAUCAAAUUCUGCUACUGUCACUUCCACACCAGGCUCUCCUCUAUUGGAUCCGGGUGGACGGUUAACUCCAAAUCUCAAAUUUAAACCACCUCCUCCCAUCGCUCCAAAGCCAAGGCCAAAAUCUGUUGGUGGUACUGCAGAAAUGAGAUUAUCAGGUGAUUUUUCGAAUGUUAAUGAUGGAGAAUCCCCCAAAGCUGUUAGUCCAAUUGCAGAAUCAACUCAAAGCAAUGUAUCUGAAACAGAUAAUGACAAAGAACCUCCUCGUGCAAAAUCUAUGUGCUUACUAUCAGAACAAUCAGAUAUAGAAUUUUCUAAUGCUCUUUUAAAUGGAAAUCUGGAUCAAUUAAAUUCCAUGAAUGGUUCAAAAGUGAAUUCCUGUCAUCUAUCAUCUACAAGUGCCAAUAUUUCAACUCCAGUUUCCAAUGAACAAAAUGAUGAAAAUAGGGAUUUUGUUCUAGAUGAUGUCAUACAUGUAUGACUUUUUAUCUGUGAUGCUUCUUAUUGAAAUCUUUUUCCUUUUAAUUUAAUAUCAAAUAAAUUAUUGUGAUCUUUUUUAUUCAGAAUUUGUAAAUAUUUCUUUUAAAAAUGCUUUUUUUUUUAAAAAAUUUGUGUUUAUUGUUCAUAAUUUUUUAGUUGAUUGUACCUAUAUAUAUGUCAUUUACGAAUGAUACAACAGCUGGGCUGAAAAUACAUUCUUUCAAAUUGUUAUUUAAAGUAACAUGGAAUAUGAAAAAUGCAUAAUCUUGAAAUAUUAUUUAUGUUAAAAUUAAAUAUUUUUUUAUAAGUAUAUGUGGAUGUAAUUUAAUAAUAUUUAUAGCAUUUAUCUUCCAUGGUGCUUUUUUUAUAAAAAGAAAAGAAAAUUUGUUUUAAUCAAAGAGCUCAAAAAUACUUCCUAUUUAGUUGUUGACUGUAAAUAUAUUUAACAUUCUAAUGCAUAGUCCAGUCAUUAUAGGGGCUUAAUAGACAGCUAAAAUCAAAGCAGUAGAAAUUUUAUGUAUUAUUAAAUUGUAUAUAUGAAACUUUUUGCUACUCUUUCUGAAAGUAUUCUGUAGAUUUCAUGAAUGUAUUAAUAACAUUCUAUUGUAUAUACUAGUAGAAAGAAAGUAGGGUAGUAAUUUUGACGUUUUUUAAUGUACAGGUUUAUCACUGCUGUGUCUAUAUUGUAGAUUUUUCAAAAUUCAUUAUGUUUGAAUGAUAUUUUACUGAGAGAUUUAAUACAAUAACAAAGUUAGACUUCGAAAUUCAGCUAAAUUGAAUUUUCAUUGUGUCAUAUCAGAUUGCCUUUAUGAAUUUUAUUGUUGUUAAGGAAUUUCUGAUUGUACAUCAAGGCUUUAAAAUGUUUUCUUUUAGAACUUAUUUUCCUUUUUUUAUUUUACUUAAUAACAUGUUUUUUUCUUUCAAAUUCAUUCAAGAAUAUAUAUGUAAAAAAUAAAAGUUUAUUUAAUGUGUUAGUUUUCUUUCUUUGAAACUUAUGCAAUAAUUUCUUUUAUUAUGAUUUGUAUAUAUAAUUUUUCAUAUUGGCCUUCUAAAUGAAAAGCAAUCAGCAUAAAUUUGAAAUAAUUUCUAAGUAUUUACUAAUGUUUUAUAAAAAGAAGCUUGUUAAACGUGCUUUCUUUCUUACUAUGAAAUCAAUGCAAUAAUAGAUUUUAUUAUUUGAACGUAAUUUUCUAUAUUGGCUUGCUAAGUGAAAUGGAAUCAGCCUUAAUACUGAAUGAUUUUUAUACAUUCAUUAAUUUUUUAUUGUUGUUGAAAUAAAGAUACUUGUUGUAAACAAAAACCUCAGAGAGCUGCAAGGCAUGCAUAGCUUUUCAAAACAAAAUUCAUUUAGUAUAUGGAAAACUGUUGCCAUUGAAAUAUUAAAAAAAAAAUUAUUAUUUCGCUAUUUAUCAGAAAUCAAGUGUAAUGAAACACAUUAGCAAAAUUAUUUGGUUAGAAAUAAAAUUUUUUACAUGCCUUUUAUAUUGGAAGAUUUCAUUUCUUUUAUGAAGAAACUCUAGGUUUAUGACCUAAAACCUCAGUUUAUAGUAGCCUUCAAAACUUUCUGAAUUAAUAAUUAUAUCUGUUAUUAAAAAUUAAUUAAAUGUAUAUUUGACUGAAUAUCUAAUCAAACAUUAUAGUUGUAAUGUAUUUGGCUCAACAAGAUCUUAAUAUUAUAAAAACUUUUUUAAAAUUAUGCUUUCUAUAGGAAGAGUAAAGCAUUUUUUGUUGUUGCUCUUUUUAAUUGUGAGAAUUAAAUUUAAUAAUUUCUUUUAACUGUAAGGCCCAUUUAUUUCAUGUUGUAUUAAUCCUUUCCAUAGUAUCUUAUUUUGAUAAAUGUUUUUUUUUUUAUAAUUACUUGUAUCAGAUAACUGUUAUAACAGUUCAUUUUUUUCCUAAAGAUAGAAAUUUAAGUAAAUUCGUAAUAGUAUAAUAAAUUUAAGUAAAUUCCUAAUUGUACAAUUCACUUAUAAAUAAUCGUAUAAUUGCAUAAUAAACUACAUAAAUGUAUAAAUUUUUUCACACUUUAAUUUCAAACAAUUGUUUUUCAGUAUUUCCAUUCAAUAUACUAUAUUUAACCACCAAGAGUUAUAUUAUCUAGUUUAUCAAUCAUUUAUUUUUAUUGUAAUUUAGGUACGUUUGAAUUACUUGCAUAAAUAAUGAAACUUAACUAUAUUUUUCAAUUUAACUUAGUGGCAGCUUAGCAAUUUCAUAUUAAUGGUUUUAGAAAAGGUGACACACAUACUGGCAUUUGUUCUUUAUUUUCAUGCUUCUGUCAACCUUAUUUUUCUUUAUAAUGUGUUGCAAAAUAUGUUUUUUUUUUCUCAAAUCAACAAAAUAUUUUUAACAAAUGUAGUUACUAGUCGAAAUAAUUUUGCUUAAUUCAGUUGGAUUUUAUGUUCAUAUAACUCUUAUAAAAAACUUUUUUUAUUACUACACUAUAAUGAUAAGUAUAUAUAUUAUAUAGACAUUGUUCUGGUAAAGUCUUCUGAAAGUAAUGACUUUCUUUUAGUUCUUGUAAUAAAUCCGUUUUUUGUUCCCCUAUAAAACUUCCUGUCGUCCUUAUGCAGUUUUUCUGAGUAUUUAGUUAUGUAUUACUCAGUUUGUUCCUAAUCCAUUUCUAUGAAAAGAACAUGCCAUACAAAUGCCCAAUUAUUCAGAUUCAUAUUUUUGAAGUUUGAGAUUGAGUAACAUUUAAUUUAAACUUUCAUUAUUUAAAUUUAAUAAUUUAUUAUGUUAGAUAGCAUCAAUUUGUAAUCGUUAUUUUUUCUUACUGGCUUUACUAUUUUUAAUUCAUUAUGAUAAAAAUUUGUUUUUAUUUGUAAAUUAUACAAAAACAAUUAUCAAUGAUGUAUUUUUAAUUAGUUUUGUAUUUUAUACUCAUUUUAUUAUUUUUGUUUUCAUAUUUUACAAAACUUCUUGUUCAUUCUUUUUAAAGGUUACCCAAUAAAUUAUACAAAUUCAAACUUAUAUCAGUGUGUUUAAAACAGCAUGUUACUUUAUUUUAAAGCAACUUUAAAUAAUUUCCCAAUCCUUCACAUGAGGUUGUACAACUGAAUUUUCUUAAAUAAUGUUAAUACCUUUUAUGUGAUUUUUUAAUAAUGUUAAUAACCUUUUAAAAUAAUUAUCAAAAAGGAUAGUAGUCGAAAAAAUAAUAGUUCUAUUUGUUUAAAAAUACAAACAAAUAAAGAGUCGGUUUUGGAAUUUUUUGAAUUAUUAAAAUUUUAGUAUAACACUGUAAAGCAAAAUAUUCUGUAAUAUUAAAACCAGGCUCUUCAUUAGUGUAUGAUAUUCAAAUAGUUUAUGUUUUUAAAAGAAUCAAAGUUUUCAGCUUUUUAGGAUUUUAAUCAGACAGUCUAUACAUUUGCAUGGUUUUUAUAUGACUGUUUUAGAAUAUCCCAAUGAAAAUUUGUAUAACUAUUAUUGGUCAUCCUUUUAUGGAAUUUUAGCUGUUUCAAUUAAUAAGAACAUUAUACCUUAUUAGAACAAGUUUUAUUUUUACGUUUGUUUACAUUUUCUUUCUAUAUUUUUGUUACAUAUGUGUUAUUGUUGUCCAUUUUUAUGGUGCAAUUUAAUUCCUUUGCUGACAGUCUAUUCAAGGUGAAAUUUCAGCUUUUUCUUAUAUAUAUUUGAACCUACAAAACAAAUUUUGUUAAACUAAAACGUACAUUCUCUAAAUAAAGAUAUUUCUUUUUCAAUGGACUUUAGUUCUUGACAAUCAAAUCAAGGAUAGCUGAAAUUUUGAUAUGGUCAAUAUAGUUUAGACAGAAGAGCAGUAGAAAUUUUCCCGUCCUUAUGUCAGUAUAUCUUUUUUUUCUUUUUGUUGUGUCAUAAAUUUGGAACUACCUUAGAGAAUCUAAAAAAUUUUUGGAUAUAAUUAUAAAACUUGUAUAUUUAAAGAUGAUAUGGUAAAGUCAAUGUAAAAAUACAUUUUUGAAUUUAUUUAUUAUUUUUUACCAUUGUUAGGAUCUGAAAAGUUUUUGAAUUGUAAUGGAUGCAAAUAUUAAUGUAAUUAUAAUUAGUGUAAUUUUUAGCUGCUAAAAUCUAGAAUUUAAAGGGACUGGGUUUAAAUUGUCCUUGUGGAACGAAAUUUAAGAAAUUUGAUUUUUUUGAAAUUUCCUUUCUUAAUGUGCUCAUUUUUUUGUACUUACCUAGUUGAAAAUAAAAUAAAGCUUUGUAUACCUUAUAAUUCAAAAAUUUUCUAACCAUAAAAAUUAUAUUUUGCAUAAAAGUUUUUUUAGAUUCUCUUAAGUAGUUUCAGAGAUAUGAGAAAUGUGCAAAAAUUGUAAUUAAUUAGUUGGGACUGAACUUUUGACCACUCAACUUUUGUCUAAACUAUUGGGACCAUGCUUUCUAAAUUGCCGCUAUUCUCAAUAAUUUUAGCAUCAAAAAUCCAAAUCAGUCCAAAAAAAUUGAAUUUUAGUGAGAAAAUUAGUUUGUAUCCGAUUUUUUAUUUAUUUAAGGAUAGGCCCUCAAAAUACUAAGAUGAAGUUGUGGAAACCGAAUCAAUAAAUCAAAAGUUAUUAAGUUAAAAUCUCCUUUGUAUCGAUUGAAAGGUAUUUUUAAUUUAAGUGUAUAAAAAAAUCUUAAAUUUUUAUUCAAUUAAGUAUUGAUUUCUUAAAAAAGGCACUAUAUUAUAUUAAUAAUUUUUUUAAAAAUUAAGUUUAUAAUUUUUCUUUUAGCGCAGGCAUUAAUUAACAAAUGUGUUUUACAAUAAUUUUGUACCAAUUUAUUUUCUUGAUUGAUAGCAUUUUGAAGCAUCACUAAUUAAAUCUUAUGAUUGUAAGAAAAUUAGUUCCUUUGUGGAUUUUGCAAUUUAAAACUAAAAUUUGAUACUUUCUCUGUGAAUCUUAUCUUAUCUUGAUCGUUUGAAUCCUACCACUGAAAUAAAUUCCUUGGCAAUAUCUUUUGUAUUUUAGGUAUUAAAAGUGCAAUAUUAAACAGUUAUUUCUCAGUAUAUACAAUUGUAGCAAAAUUUGUUCACCUGCUACUGCAUUUGUACAGUGAACUUUUACAUUAUGUUUUAAUAAACUGAAAUCUUUUA